UCUCUUUGCCUCCCCCCACUCCCCAGUCCACCCAGGCUUUCCCAUCGGUUUUUUUCCUUCUCUUUCUCUUUCUCUCUCCCCUUCCCCACCCCCCAGAAGCAUCUGCGACAGGGGUCCAAGCAGGUUGGCAGCGCGACAGAUCUGCUCCUGACCUCCCUUCCUCCCACCAUGUCAGAGCCUAUAACGCUAAACGUUGGCGGGAAGCUGUACACAACAUCGCUGUCCACCUUGACCAGCUUCCCAGACUCCAUGCUGGGUGCCAUGUUCAGCGGGAACCUGCCAACCAAGAGGGACAGCCAAGGCAACUGCUUCAUUGACCGGGACGGCAAGGUUUUCCGCUACAUCCUCAACUUCCUGAGGACCUCCCACCUGGACCUCCCAGAGGACUUCCAAGAAAUGGGCCUGCUCCGCCGAGAAGCAGAUUUUUACCAGGUCCAGCCGCUGAUCGAGGCCCUGCAGGAGAAGGAGGUGGAGCUCUCGAGGGCAGAAAAGAAUGCCAUGCUCAACAUCAGCUUGGACCAGAGGACUCAGACGGUUCACUUCACCGUCCGGGAAGCUCCCCAGAUCUACAGCUUGUCCUCUUCCAACAUGGAAGUGUUCAACGCUCACAUCUUCAGCACCUCCAGUUUGUUCCUCAAGCUUCUGGGCUCCAAACUCUACUACUGUUUCAACGGCAACCUGUCCUCGAUAUCCAGUUACCUGCAGGAUCCCUACCACGUGACCUUGGAUUGGGUUGCCAGCGUGGAAGGGCUGCCAGAAGAGGAGUACACCCGCCAGAACUUAAAGAGGUUGUGGGUCCUCCCGGCCAAGAAGCAGAUCAACAGUUUCCAGGUGUUUGUAGAGGAGGUACUGAAAAUCGCCAUGAGCGAUGGCUUCUGCGUCGACUCCUCUCACCCGCACGCCUCGGAUUUUAUGAACAAUAAAAUUAUCCGGCUAAUACGGUACAAGUAGGUGGGGCCUCUCCCCCCUCCCCCGUUCCGCUACACAUAGCAACGAUCCGCUGAGGUUCGUGUCUGGACAUGGGUUUCCCUUUUCGAGCCCGCUUCAUGAAUCAUGCGCUAAUAACCUGAAUUAAGAAGCUAGUUUUCUGCUUAACGGACUAACCAGUGUGUGUCGAACCUCCAGAUUAGGGAUGUGUGACGGAUUGGUUUGUGGGCCAGGUGGUAGGGGGGGACUGAGGAAGAUCUCUGGUUCUGUGUCAACCAAUUGCCCUUCGAAGAAGAAGAAGAAGAAAAAGAAGGGUUUGGAUUUGAUAUCCCGCUUUAUCACUAUCCUAAGGAGUCUCAAAGUGGCUAACAUUCUCCUUUCCCUUCCUCCCCCACAACAAACACUCUGUGAGGUGAGUGAGGCUGAGAGACUUCAGAGAAGUGUGACUAGCCCAAGGUCACCCAGCAGCUGCAUGUGGAGGAGCGGAGACGUGAACCCGGUUCACCAGAUUAUGAGUCUACCGCUCUUAACCACUACACCACACUGGCUCUCACCACACUGGCUCUAAGACGUGUCAUCAGGAAGGGACGAGUCCAUUCUUGUAGGCACCAGCAAUGACAUCAGCACUGGGGGCCUGAUGUACUGCCCUUGGAUGCCCCCCUUGCAUGUUCGAUGCUAUAUUGUGCCUGGCAAGGAAGAGGCAGAAAGGGCGAGGGAGGGGGGAGGGGGGAUGUUGAUGGAUAAAUCUGUUUCCCAAACGGCACAAUGCCAGAAUGAAGCUAUUCAUCCCUGAUCUGUUGGGGUUGACAGGGCAAAAUAGCAAUAUUUAACUGUUUACACAGAGACUGGGAGUUGUGAAGAGAUGCCACAUUUUGUUUAACGACGGGUGACUCAUUUUAACCUCUCUGCCUCAUUUUUCCCACUGGGAAGAGACUUGUGCAAUCUUAGCUUACUAUAAAGGGCGGCCGAGAGGCUAAAGGCGGUUAAGGAUGUCUGUGUUUGGGCAAGAGCUGGAGGAUUCUGGGUGAGGGAGACUUUCUGACCCGAGGAGGACAUGAUAGCCAUUGGAGUUGAUUUCCUCCUGGGUCACAUCAUAACGUCUCUGGCACGCAGAUAUGAAAUUGCCCAAGUUUCCCCAGUGCAGCAGUUGACCCUCCAUGCUGUUGCUGUUUCCUUUAAUGUGAAUGACCAGUUGUAAGAUUCAAACGAUCUGAAGAGGCGGCCUCCGGGAUAUUUGGGGCUUUUGCCUGUGGUACAAAAUGGAGCAUGGAUGGCUUCAUGGUACUGUACUACAUAGGCUAGUGGGGGAUAUCUGUCUCUACUAGCUGGCUGCUAGGUAGAAAGAAGGGCCUCUGCAUGCAGAAGGCGCCUGGUUCAAUCCCCAGCUUCUGCUGAUAGGACUGGGAAUAUUCCCAACUGAAGUGCCGCUGCCGGUACGCGUGGAUGAUACAGCGCUAGGGAAACAAAUGGUCCUGGUAAAACGUUGGCUUCCUAUGACCCUGUUUGUUCCUAAGGAGAAAGGAAGCAACUGAAAACUGGCCUAGCAUCUAUAUGGAGAGUGCUGCUAACAGGCACUUGACAAAUGCAAGAUCAUAGAAUUGUAGAGUUGGAAGGGACUGUGUGGGUCACCUAGACCAACCCCCAACCGUGGGGAUCGAACCCAUGACCCCGACAUUAAGAGCUACAUGGCUCAGGGCUGAGCUACCAGCUGAGCUACAUGGCUUGGGGCCAUUAUAUCUCCUUCUAGCCUUUCCAGAACCAGCCAGCAAAGAGAGCAUUUUGCAGCUGGUUAAAGGUAAAGGUAAAGGGACCCCUGACCACUGGGUCCAGUCAUGACCGACUCUGGGGUUGCGCGCUCAUCUCGCAUUAUUGGCCGAGGGAGCCAGCGUAUAGCUUCCAGGUCAUGACAAAGCCACUUCUGGCGAACCAGAGCAGCACACGGAAACGCCGUUUACCUUCCCGCUGUAGCGGUUCCUAUUUAUCUACUUGCAUUUUGAUGUGCUUUCGAACUGCUAGGUUGGCAGGAGCUGGGACCGAGCAACGGGAGCUCACCCCAUCACAGGGAUUCGAACUGCUGACCUAGUGAUCAGCAAGCCCUAGACUCUCUGGUUUAACCCACAGCGCCACCUGGGUCCCUUGCAGCUGGUUACCCCAGCACUAAUAAUAAUAAUAAUAAUAAUAAUAAUAAUAAUAAUAAUAAUAAUAAUUUAUUACUUAUACCCCGCCCAUCUGAAUGGGUUUCCCCAGCCACUCCGGGCAGCUCCCAACAAAAUAUUUAAAACACAAUAAAACAUCAAACAUUAAAAACUUCCCUAAACAGGGCUGCCUUCAGAUGUCUUCUAAAAGUCAGGCAGUUGUUUAUUUCUCUUUGACAUCUGAUGGGAGGGCGCUCCACAAGGCAGGUGCCACUACCGAGAAGACCCUCUGCCUGGUUCCCUGUAACCUCAGUUCGCUUAGUGAGGGAACCACUAGAAGGCCCUCGGAGCUGGACCUCAGUGUCCAGGCAGAAUGAUGGGGGUGGAGACGCUCCUUCAGGUCUACUGGGUCGAGGCCGUUUAGGGCUUUAAAGAUCAGCACCAACACUUUGAAUUUUGCUCGGAAAUGCACUGGGAGCCAAUGUAGAUCUUUCAUGUGGUCUCGGUGGCCGCUCCCAGUCACCAGUCUAGCUGCCGCCUUCUGGAUUAGUUGUAGUUUCUGGGUCACCUUCAAAGGUAGCCCCACGUAGAGCGCAUUACAGUAGUCAGAUUGAGAAGGGGUGUUGGACACGGGCGGACAUGGAUUCUCAGAGCAAAAAGAAAAAAGCAUGAAGGGUCCUAGGUUUAGAUCAGGCCUGCACAACUUGUGACCCCCUCACCCCCAAAGAGAACGUAGCUCACUAGCCACGCGCUUCAUUUGGAGUUGAUUGCAUUCCUGCAUUGCAGGGGGUUGGACUGGAUGACCGUUAGUGUCCCUUCCAACUUGGCAAUUCUAUUGCUGUAUUUAUUCGCUUGAGGCGGCAAUCCCACUCCCACUUAUCUGGGAGUGAGCCCACUGAACACAGCGGGGACUUAACUUCCGAAUAAACGUGCGUAGGAGGGUGCUGUUAGGGGUUCACAGCCCAUAUUUUGCAUAAGUCUCCGGAGGGCUUAACGAAAAAAAUAAUAUAUUGCAUAAAAGAAAGCAGAAGAAGCAACAGAUUGUUUUAAAGCCAUAGUGACUAAAAUGCACGAAAGCGAUUAAGAAAAGCAGGUGUGUUUCUAGGGUUUCUAAGUCAUCUCUCUCUAGGAAGGCAUGCAACUGACGCCAACAGUGGUAGCCAAUAAUAGUAAUAAUAAUAAUUAUUAUUAUUUAUUAUUUGUGCCCCACCCAUCUUAUUUGGUUGCCCCACAGCCACCCUGAGUGGCUUCCAACCACUCUGGGCGGCUUUCAGCAUAUAUAAAAACCAUUAAUAAUAAUAGCAUUGGACCCUACGCUUGUUGUCAUCCCUGGCUAUCAGCCAUAAUUGCUGGGGCUGAUGAGAGUUGUAGUCCAACAGUGAUCUUGGGUCCCCUGGCCUAUGGUAUAGCAGCAGAGUGGGCAGUCAGGAUAGAGGGAGCUUGCCUCAGGACGGACCAAAGAUGUCUCUAGGAAAUGGGUUGCAAUCAUUGUAAAAAACAUCUGACUUUUUUGUGCACAGAAACUAGCCCUGUAAAAAUUCUUUUGAGAUUUCAGUUCACCACCUCUUGGAAAGAAUUCAGAGCCUGGUAGAAGGUGACUUUGAAAUCUGCUUCAUCAGGAUGCCAAAGUGACCCUUUGAAAGGUGUCCUUAGAUGUGGACACUCGAUGCUCCGUGGGGGAUUAUUACGAAUGGCGUUCAGUUCUGCAAUAAAUGCCAAACUCCAUGACAGAUCCUGCAAAGACAUCUUAUUGCAGAGUUACGGGGUCUUUGGGACUCUCUCCAAGCAUAUUGGGUUUAACAGAUGUUUAUAAUAAAUCUGCUUGUUAACUUUAGAAACACGCCUCUUGAGAAUUCCGCAUGUGUGUCUGGGCUUGGUUUAUGACCGGUCGCAGUAUCCCACAGGUAGUUAUUGAAUGACAAAAGUAGAAGAUGAAGCAUGACCCUUGUCCUCACCCCACCCCCAAGUUGCAUGGCCAUCAUUGACCAAAAGGCUGAUCAAAUUUAAGAGCAUUUUUCCAGACACACAAACUGGCAUGGCAGCCCCUUACAGAUAGAUUGUGAUUUUCUAUGCAUCAGGGGCAGGAAGCAUUGUGAUCAUGUUGAAAAAGCAUUGCCUUUCAUUAA